AUGGCGGCAGCGGCGGCGACUGCAGCGACGAAAGGGAAUGGGGGUAGCGGUAGCCGGUCUGGGUCCGGCGAAGCCAGCGGCACGCGGAAAAAGAAGGGCCCGGGGCCUCUGGCCACGGCGUACCUGGUCAUCUACAAUGUGGUCAUGACGGCUGGGUGGCUGGUGAUAGCAGUUGGUCUGGUCAGAGCAUACUUGACUAAGGGUAGCUAUCAUAGCCUUUAUUAUUCAAUUGAAAAGCCUUUGAAAUUCUUCCAGACUGGAGCCUUACUGGAGAUUUUACAUUGUGCCAUAGGAAUUGUGCCGUCUUCUGUUGUCCUGACUUCUUUCCAGGUGAUGUCAAGGGUUUUUCUAAUAUGGGCAGUGACACAUAGUGUCAAAGAGGUGCAGAGUGAAGACAGUGUCCUCCUGUUUGUAAUUGCCUGGACAAUCACAGAAAUUAUCCGUUACUCCUUUUAUACAUUCAGUCUAUUAAACCAUCUGCCUUACCUCAUCAAAUGGGCCAGGUACACACUUUUCAUUGUACUGUACCCAAUGGGAGUGUCCGGAGAGUUGCUCACAAUAUAUGCUGCUUUGCCCUUUGUCAGACAGGCUGGCCUGUAUUCCAUCAGUUUACCUAACAAAUACAAUUUCUCCUUUGACUAUUACACAUUCCUAAUUCUGGUAAUGAUCUCUUACAUUCCACUUUUCCCCCAGUUAUACUUCCACAUGAUACACCAGAGAAGAAAGGUCCUUUCUCACACUGAAGAACACAAGAAAUUUGAAUAG